UUAAUUGGUGACUGCACUGAAUUCUUCAAAAUUUACACGCUUGACUUUCAGGCUGAUGAACUCACAGCAGUUGUGGAUCCGACCAAGCCAGGACGUGUUAUGUAUACAUCUGGAAAGAUCAUCAGCUCUGUUAGUCCGAAGCCGUACUAUCCGGAUCCGGAGAUCGAAGCACGCGUGCUUGGCUCGCUGAUGCCGGAAAAUCGUGCUAAAGAAGAACAAGGCUGCACACAGAAAUCUGGGACUGAUGCUGACGGUGAUGGUGCCGGCAGCGUGUGA